GCUGUCCCCAGGGCUUGGCCAUGCCAAGAGCUCCCCUCUGCCCCCAGGGAGCUGCAGGGUGCUGCUGGUUCACAGCUGGCAGCGGGACCUGGGGCUCAGCACGGCUGUACCUGCAGCCUGGGAAAGGCUCUUGUCCCUGGCUGCAGAGCCUGGCCCCUUUCCUGCCCUGCUUGCAGGAGGACGCAGCAGCCAGCGGAGCAGCCCUGACAUGCACCCAGCUUGGCCUCGGGAAGAAGGUUUGAGAGCAAAGAGCAGCAGCCCAAGGGGAGAGCACCCCCGAGGCUGGGCAUGGAGGUCAUGGCCCCUGCCACCAUCAACGCCUUGAAUGGCUCCUCUGUGAAGCUCUCCUGCACCUUCAACUCCUGCUACAAGGUGGAGAACAAGCAGUUUUCCCUCAACUGGACGUACCAGGAGUGCAGUAACUGCUCGGAGGAGCUGUUCCUGCAGUUCCGCACCAAGAUCAUGAACAAGCAGCUGGAUCGCUUCGGGAACCGCGUGGAGUUCACCGGCAACCCCGCCAAGUACGACGUGUCCUUCACCCUCAAAAACGUGCAGCUGGAGGACGAGGGCACCUACAACUGCUACGUGCUGAACCCCCCCGACCGGCACCGGGGCCACGGCAAGAUCAGCCUGAAGGUGCUCACCAAAGAGCCCCCCAAGCACGACUCGACGGUGGCCGUGAUCGUGGGCGCCUCCGUGGGCGGCUUCCUGGCCGUGGUGAUCCUGGUGCUGAUGGUGGUGAAAUGCGUGCGCCGGAAAAAGCAGCAGAGGCUCAACACGGACGACCAGAAGACAGAGGAGGAAGGGAAGACGGACGGCGAAGGCAACCCGGACGAGGGCACCAAGUAACGCCCCCCUGCCCGCCCCUCCCUCCUGUCCCCUGUACAGCGUGACCCUCUUGAUGUGCUUCCCAGAGCAAGGAUUUCUGUCUCCCCAGAGCAUCCCUCCUUCCAUCCAAGCACCCAACCCAGCCUGAGCAGGGCGCAGAGAGAAGGUCCCCGGAGCCUGGCUGUGCUGGGCAGGGCUGGGGAGGGGGGCUGAAGCCCCUGAGGCUGAGCUGGGACCAGCCUGUCCCCUGCUCUGAGUGCCAGAGUUGUGAGGAGGUGCUGGGGACAGGCUGGGGAGGGUGAGGGGGGACCUGUGCAGUCCCCACACAUGGAAGGAGUGGAGCAGGGGUUGCCAGGAGGGGCAGAGGGGUCUGGGCAGCCCCGUGCCCCAUUGUCUGCUCUCUAUCCCAGUAGAAAAUGAGAGCAGGGGCCAGCAGUGUGCCCUUGGGGUCACGGCUCAUCCCGAGAUGCUGCUGCUGUGCCUGGGCUACUGGCACUGGGAUCCCCUGUGCUGCCAGUCUCCUCCUUGCAAGCUCAUGCUCCUCAGGGACUGUCCCAGGCUGCUCAGAGGUCAGUGGCCAAGGCCAUGAGCCCACCCAGUGUCCUGGAGCUUUGUGGUGUUUUGCAAUCAUUGACGGCUCUUGGUGUGCAAGGGUUCGACCCUUCUGCUCUCGGGCUGUUUUUGGGUCUGAGCAUCUCAGCCCAAAGUGCUGGGCUGAGUGCUUUGUGCUAGUUUCCUUCUUGGGGAGGGUGACUGUGGUGGAAGAUGCCCUGCCGAUGUGUCAGACUGAGGCGCUGGGGAGUGCUGGGGUGAGGCUUGGGGCAAAUCGCUGCUGAAAAGGAGAGGAGCUUUUGGGCACUUGCUGGGAAGGACUGGGCACAACAGCAGGCCCAGAGUUAGGACAGCUCUGUCAGCCUGGAGCAGCCCUGUGAUGCUGAGACUGCCUCCUCCAGCCUCCCUGCAGAGCACUGCACACUGUAACUGCCAUGGCAAUGCACUGCCAGCGUGCCCAGCCCCGUGUGCCACCUGCCUCACCUGCCAGGUGAGCCCGGGGUUCAGGCAGGGAAUGACCCAGGGCAGUGUCCCCUGUGGCACCAGACCUGAGCUCUUCUUCUCCCAUGGCUGCCAGGAGGGGGACAGUGCACAGAGCCACAGGGGACACUGCCCAGGGCCAGGCGAUGGAGGUCACGUCACUCACAAACAGCACUGCCAGGGGAGAGGGGACACCUUUGCAGUGUCCCCGUGCAGAGAAGGGACACCUUUGCCAUGUCCCCGUGUGGGUGCCAUCCUGGCAAUGCCAUCAGGCCCCAGAGAUGGCGGGACAGCUGUGCCCUCCCUGCUCUGCCCCAUCGCUUUCCACCCCGGCCCCACGUGCCCUGUCCAUCCCACUGGACCCCGCUGAGCCCCCCGCUGCUCCCCCCCAUCUGCAGCAGGAAUGUGCCGUGUCCCACCCCUGGCUCCCCACAGGGGACAGCUGUCCCCGGCUGUCCCCACACCCGCACAGUGCCGGCGGUGCCGCAGGGCUGCCGCGCCGCCUCCUGCCAGGGCCUGCUGUCCCCGGCUCCUGGUGGGACUGAGCCGGCACCUCGGGGCCACAGAGGCCUCAGAGUGUUGCACAUGACCAGUCUUGCAUCUGCCUUUCACUUCUUUUCGUGCACUACCCUCGGAUUGCAACUUGCCAACGCACCUGUCUGUAGACGGCCACGCACAGCAGAGAGCCGGCGCAUGCACAAAUACAGAUCUGUACACAGGAGGGGCUGCUCUGCCUCGUGGUGUGGCCUUGGCUGCGCGCCUUCCCCCGGGCUUCUCGUGCCGAGCACUCUGCCGAGCGUGGGAUGUUUUUAUUGCUCUUUGUACAGUCAAACAAACAAAAGAACAA